CGGUUUACGAGAAGCAGUGAAGGCAACAGUCCCGUGAACGCCGCCCACUGUGAAACCAAAGGCUGUAUUGAACGCAAAGGGGAUGAGCUAAAUCAUCCAACGCUAACUAAAACUCUCUAAGACUAGUUUAGUUGUCUCCUCAGUGUCAGGUUAACGGGCAGCUUACCUAGCUAGUGACCUCGUAUAUUAAUACCAAGACGGUAUGCUCUCAAAAAAGCCCAAUUUCAGUGGUUGUUUAUUUCGUGGCGUGGGUAAAUAGAGUAGUUGCUGUUGUUGUUGUGGCCUGCUACACGAUAGCUUAGCUAAAACUAGCUGUAGCGUCAGCUGGUUCCUGGAGCUUUAUUUCGGCAUAACAUCACCGAAACGACAAAAAAGGGAAAUGGCACACCUUUAACAAAACAAAGGCAAGUGGUGGUUUUGGACAGGGAUCAGCAAGGUGUCCCCCAGCUAUGAGAGCCUCUAAACAGUGAUUGACAUCUACAAAAAUGGAGCUGUACUGGUACAUAGUUGUUAUCAUAUUUAUCAUCAUCAAGAUAUUCUUCUAUGUGUGCUGGUACCGAUCAAGACAAAGGCAGCUGGCAGCAUACCUGAGCAACCCACGCAAUGCUCAAAUAGUCAUUGUUGGAGGAAGGGCCUACCUUCAUCAGAUGUGUGAGAGGCAGAGUCAAACCUCUGUCUGGCCUAGUUGGUAUGGUGUCCAGGAUGACCUGUCAAUAGAAGAGCCCUCCACAGCCCUGCCACCAGCUGCAUCCUUCUCCCACUUGGACAUGCCACCACCAUAUGAGGCAGUCUCUGGAGAGGAUGAUCUGAAGCCCCCUCCCUACAGCGAGUGUGCUCAUGGCGGUGAGGCUGCCACUCCCUGUCUCUCCCAGCAGACCAUCCUCAUUCCUGAGGGAGGAGACUCAGUUAGCGUAAAUGAAGCCCCACCCCCUUACACACCGUCUCCCCCCACACAAGUCAGUCGGCAAGACGGCUCUGUAACCCACAGUGAGUCCCAGCCAGAGAGCAGGUCCACCUAAUCAAUCCCUGAUGCCAGUUUGCCUUUUCCAUGCACUGCCUUCCUAUAUCCAACCUCAGCAAUCGUUGCCAGCCUAACUCUCAUCACAUGAGAGCAGAUGUUUAUUUGGGUGCAAGUGUGUGUGUGUGCGUGUGUCUGUCUGUGUGGGUAUGUUUGUGCUUGCGUACUUGGUGGUUUUUAGAACUAAGUUGAUUUUCUAUUUUGUAUUGUUAAAAAAAAAAAAAAAAGUGGUCAUCUGAUAAGUUUGGCAAUGACAUCAGCAAGCCUGUGUGCCUGAGUCAGGACCGCAGAUCCUGCCUCCCAGCAAGGAUGAGGAUAAUACCCUUGACCUCUAAUCUCAAAGGGAGUCAGCGAGGUACAGAUAAGCAGAGAGUAAGAUACUUUCAAGAGUGUUCUGUUUUCUACAUUUUCCUUCUCUGUCUGAGGCCACUUCUUUUCACAGAUCUAAAACAACUGACGCAUUCUAAAAGCUCAAUUGGGGAAAUGAGAAGUUUGUCGACAGCUUUUUGUUCUUGCUAAUGUGAUACAUUAUAUGUUCGACAUUACUUUGUCUGUGUGUGUUCUGAACCAAGGUUAUUAUAGUUAACUAAAACUAGGUGUGAAACAAGAUUUUAGUUAACUGAAAUAAAAACCUAAGACAAAAAACUAACUGUAACCAUACUGUGCACUUACCAAACACAAUGAAAUAAAAAUAUACAGGGAAUGUCUUUAGUUUUAGUCUUUGUCACUUUGGUCAAAUUUUUCAGCACAACAAGCACGAGGAGGCAUCAGUUUGAGUCAAUUACAUUCACAAAGUGUUAACUUUCAACUUCUUAAAUCUUGUCCCUGACAAAUAUCCCCAUAUUAUUAUAAUAAAAUAAUAAAAUAAAACUAAUAAAAAUUAAAAUGACUUGAGAAAAGCCACUGUGGAAUCUAACUGAAAUUAAACCGAAUUGAAAACCAAAAUGAAAAACUAAAUAAUACUAAAAACUAAUGAAAAAUGUAAAACCAUAAUUGAAGACAGUGACGCAGUAACAGUCUGUGAAAUUCAUAGUGUAGACAGUCUAAUUAGAUUUCCUGAUAAUUUGCUGCAUACAUGUGCAUAUUAAAUAAAUUGUGUUUCUACUUCUUCAAAGUGUUAUUACUCUGAGCGCUUCAUUAAUGCUGCACAUGUGUUAUUUGAAGACAAAGUAUGUCGACAGAGAACUAUUUGAUAAUGAAUGCUCUAAUUGCUUUAAGUAAUGACCUCAUUAGCAUAACUGCUUCUGUUUAAUGUAUCAUGGUGAUUGUUCUGACACAUUUAGGCAAUUCAAGUGCCUAUUAGAUCUGUGGAUGGAAGUGAGCGAGGACAAGAAAUAAAUGAACACUUUAUGGUAGUAGACGAUAUGUUUUCUGUUUGUUCACCUCUACUGCUGGGUUCUGUGUGUUGCUGCUCUACAUUAGCACCUAUAUGCCAGAAAGCAAGAGUUCGUCUGUGCAAAUAGUAUGAACACGAGUUUUGUUAUUUCUGUUGUGAAAUUGGAAAAAAGGUCCUCAGAACUAUGAGGGAUAAUGUAUGCUUUAUCCCAUAACACACAUGAACACACAUUUUCUCACGUGGUAGAUCCAGCUAUAAGAUAAUCAGACUUGAUGUUAGGAAUUGUAAUGUCUUGAAUUGCUGAAAAUAUUGAAUGAAACAAGUGCAACAAUCCCAAAUAAAAAUACGCACAAGGCUGUGAGCUGAAGCUCAAAACAUUUGAUGAAGCUGAGCUGAACGCUGCAUUUUAUGCAGUUGCUAAAAAAAAAUCAUCAACAAAACUCAGUUAUUUUUAUUUUAUUUCCUACAUAAUUGUUGCAAUGAGACUAACCAAAAAAUGUUUAACAACGGCUUCUGUUCCUUGUAAUCUUCAUGUCAAUCUACCACAGGCUGGUAGAGGUUCGCAGAUUUUGUGUAUUUCUUCUGUUUGUAUUUUCUGGUAUAGUGUUGCUUGGGGGAAAGGUGAUGACUGUGCUUUUUGCUUUUUGUAUCACACAUUUCAGAUAAUCCGGAAAUAACACUGUAAGAAAAUGCUCCCCAAUGAUCCACCUCCCGUGUUUGUUUCAACAACAAUGUAAUCUGUGUACAGUUUCUGAACAUUACAAAACAUGAGAGCAAGAAACACAAAAUGAACGCUGUAUAAAUAUAUUCUGGGAAAGUGCGUGAAAGUGGAUCUUCGUGCAGGAUCAGAGUUUAAAAUGUGUUUUAAUGAUAAUCUUUUGUAUUGUGAUGACAAAUCGUGGAGCAUCUGUCACUGAUGCCUUUAAAAAAAAAAAGUCUUUCCUGUGAUUUUACAGAAGCUGCAGUGUACAGAUCUGAACUCGUUCACUAACGUAGCAGCAGCACGAUGAGGAUCCAAUACUUAAGUGUUACAGGCCUCUACUGUAAUAUACGUCCUGUCUGUUAACUUCAUGUUCAUUCCCAUGAUGGUUGACAUCAGAUCUCUCCAGUCAGUAGCUUUGUGAUUUGAGGGGAAUAUAAUUAAUUUUAUUAUUAUUUUUUCUGUUUUGGGGUAAAUACAUCUUCUGUAUUAAACUGUUGUUUUUAA